AUGGCUUCCAAUAACGCAAUGGAGCCAAUUGCAGUGAACGGAGGCGUCACGUCGCUUCCAAUCCUGCGUGAGACAGUCAACACUGUCUCUGAAGAAUGUCCCGCACGCCUGGGCCUAACGGCGGAGGAGAUCGAAAACAAAGCCCCGAGUCUCGAUGUCUUCUUCGAUACUAUUGCGGCAGAGCGACUUCGGCGCAUGCCUGCGGACGGUAGUCGAUUGGACGGUGUUCUCAGACGAGCUUCGCGUCUCGCUGUUGCUGUUGGUUCAUUGCGCGACGCAGUGUCAAGUUACAUGGAUGGCGCUGAUGAAGCCACUGCGCUUGUCUGGGGGACAACGCUGCUCCUGCUUGAGAUGGGUAUCGACCAACUCGACGUAAUUGAAAGCCUGUUCGGUCGCUAUGGUCGGAUCACUAUGGGUAUCUCGCUCCUCCUCCAGCAGGAAACCUACUUCCCUACAUCUCGACCUCUGCAACAGCAGGUUGCCGAGAUCUACGCUCAUAUCUUGCAACUUGUCGUCCACGUAGCUUGGGAAUAUCGCCAAGGAGCGAAGACCCAGCAUUGGCAGACUAUGAACACGGCUAUCGAUAUGGCCUUCUUCCGCUACUUCAACCGCUUCGCUACUCACUGGCGUCGUGUAUCCGAGCUUGUGCUGCAAUCAGGAAUGGCUAAACAUCAGACCUCAGUCAAUUUGUCGGUCAUUUAUCAGUUCCUCGAGCUCCAAGAUCGUCCGUUGCAGAUGCUUCUUGAAGGCCAGAACCACUCUUUAGCGGACGGAUCCUUCUCCUGGUUCGAGCCACAUCUGACUACCUUCGCCAUGAGUCGACGAAGUCUUAUGAUGAUCCGAGGAAAUCCCGGCUCAGGGAAGAGUGCGCUCGCUCAAUGGACUGUCGAGCGACUUCAGGCUUCCUCGGAGUAUGAUAUCUGGAAUGUCAUUCCGAUUAUCAUUAGAUCGGACGUACCCAUCACAACGCUCACGCUGAGCAUUCUCAAGGGGAUUCUGAUCCAGAUCCUUGAUCACUCAGUGACUAGCCGCAGGACUCAAGAUGCCAUCUUGACUGCUGUGACCGGCGCUAUCGAGCUGGCAGUAGCUGGUGCGACCGACCCUCAAGUAGAAGGCCAGCUUUGGACUGCCAUUCGCGCUGCCGUACAGUCCAAUUUGCACUUUAUGUUGGUGGUUGAUGGGUUCGACCAAAUGAAGCACGCUGAAACAACUGUCAGCGCAUUUUUGGGAUUGCUACAAGACACAGUGACCGAUACCCCUUCCAAGUUGAUCAUUUUCAGCCGACCCAUGUCUAAGGAUAUACUGCCAAUCCGCGAGACCACGAAGACACACCAGGUUGCUAUGAAUGCCGCCACAAUACAGCAUGAUCUGCAAGUCGCGGUCAGCGACAUGAUGACGGCCGAUUCUUCGUUCUCUGGACUCGAGCCGUCUCAACGGGAGUCAUUGGGGGCGGCAAUCGUAUCCCGCUCCCAGGGCUGCUUCAUAUGGGCACAGCUGGCCGUAGAGGCGAUGCAGCAGCGAACGACUGUCAGCGAUAUGACGUCUGCUGUUGCAAAGAUGCCCAAUACACUGGGCGACUUGAUCGACCACCAUCUGCGUACUACCAAUAUCAAACGUCAAGGUGCGCAGAAUCUUCUGGGGUGGCUAGCGGCCAGCGAGCGUCCCUUGCGCAUCCCAGAGGUGGAACAACUUUUGGCAGUUGAUAUCAAGACACUGAAAGUGGCGCCUCGGACUUCUAACCUCGAGCGUGACCUCUUCCAGCCCCUGAAGCGUCUAGUCACUGUUCGUGAUGGGUUUGUGUCUUUCCGUCAUCCCAUGAUCCGGGAGCACCUUCAAGCGCGGGCUCAAAUGCGUCAGGAACUGCCGUUCUCUUUGGCGGAUGCUCAUUUCGACCUUUUGAUCCGCUGUUUAGCCUGGGUUCGCCGUACGGUCACUGACGAGGUCUCCCUCUCGUGGGACAAGAUGAGCGUGUUUGUACGCGAUCGUUACUUGGACGCUUAUGUCUUACUUGAGUACACCGCACGCUACUGGCUAUCGCAUAUGCUGGCAUCGCCAAUGGCAUCUUCCGAUCGUGAGAUCUCUUUUGACGCAACAUUUCGUCGUGCUCUACCCGACACUGUUCUUUUCGCCCAGCUUGAGCUUACCAACCGGGAGUCCCAAUUUAGUCGCUCGAGCAUUGUGGAACUAUACCGGUUGGCUGUUGGUGUCCGUCGCGUGGUCCUGGGCAAUGAGUCUCCCGCUCUUUUACAGAGCUUGCUUCUCAGCGCUCGUGCUGCCGAACAGACACAUGCCAGCUGGGCUAAUGAUCACCUUUAUGAGGCUUGGAUGCGCAGUCGUUCGCAACUGGGACCUUCCAACAAGAUUACCCGCGACCUCGAACAAAUGCUUGUAGCCAACGGCCAAGCGGAUCGCACUGCAGGCAUGAAGACUGAUGCUCUGAAGGACAUGGCACUGUCCGGAUGGGGCUCAUCCGAUAUUGGCUUUGCGCAAAGACUGCAGUACCUUGACAAGCUGGUGAAAUCUUAUAAUGCCAACAAACAACCCGAUGAGGCAUACUCUGCUGCUAAACAGUUCUACCACCAGACAGUGCAGACAUACGGUGCUCAUUCACCCGAAACUAUGUCAGCAGCCGAUUACCUCACCAAGAACUUUGAAAUCGCGCCUCCAGACGAGUUGGCGUUGGAGCUUGCGCGAACCAAGUAUGAGACAAUGCUUCAUUCAAUGGAUGCGACCGACCCGCGGCGAGUGGCCUAUUCUCUCUAUCUAGCCAAGAUGUAUGAGGAGAACAACCAGAUCGGAAAAGCAGACGCAGUGCUGUCUCGACUGUGGGCAGGCCUAUCUGCCCGGGGCUCCGAUACCACAGACUCCUGGGAUCAGAAAACAAGGGUAGCCUUCUAUUACUCCCAAUUUCUGCGUCGUCAAGGUCGUCCCGACCAGGCUACAGGCAUACUGCGCGACCUGGAGGUAGAUUUGGAGACAGGCGGCGGCGUGAAUUCGCCACAGAUGGUCAAACGUGCGGAGGAGCUUCGCAGUGAAGCCCGGCAAAUGGGUCUGAAAGAUAUGGAUCGUGCCCUUGCUCUGCAAAUGUGGAAGUAUUACAAGUCUUCCGGCCAGCAGUACACCCCCCAGGCUGUCUCUCUGGCCGAGUCUCUCACCGAAGGGAUUAUCCCCACCAAGAGCACUGCCAGCUCCAUCGGCUCGCGCUUGUCGACACUCUCCCCUGAGGAUAAUGAACUGCUCCCUGGCUGGAUUGAUACUGUUGCAUUAGCUGGCAGUGAGCGUGACUUAAUGUCAAUCCUAGCCUUAUCUCACCAGCUGGCAAGUCAACGAAUGGCAGCAGAGAAAUGGCGCGAAGGCAAUGAAUGCGCCUGGGCAGUGCUCAAGCACCUCUGGCCUACUGUCGAGGAUCCAUACUCCAAGGCCAGAUUCCCCUCGGAGCAGGCGCCUCUGAUGGCCAGCCUUGCCCUCGAUCAUGCUUACUGUCUGUUCCGGCGUCUGGACGUGGCACUGGCUACUAUCGUCUACGGAAAUGCUUUCAAAGCAUCCAUCACCGCGGAUCAAGUCGCCGUUCCCUCAGUCACGACUGUCGUCAAAACUGUCGUCGAAUUCUAUGAGACGACCUUCCAAUUCGACAAAGCAAUGGUGUUGCUGCACCAGGUUAGCGACUUCUUUGCAUCGAGACUAGGCAGCAACGAUAAGCAUACCCUUGACAGUCGCUACUAUGAAGCCGAUUUAGCGCUUCGCCUUGACCGUCGUGCUGAGGCGGAAGACAGCUACAGUAAGAUUUACAAGGCCUGCAUCCCAGACGGCAGGGUAACAUCAUCUGGUGUUCGUGCUGCAGUAGCUUUGGUCACUUUGUACGAGCAAGACAAGAAGUGGGAAGAUGCUCUUGAUGUGUACCGGCACCUGUGGCCCACCCUCGUACAUUUUGACGAGAAAGACGGGUACGACCGGGCUCUUUUGGAGGGUCUGCUUCCCAAGACCUACAGUGGAUACAUGUCCAUCUUGGAGAACACUCCAACCGAAGCCGGGGAUAAUGAGCGGUAUCAGGUCGCCUCGCAGCACCAUCAGCUCUGCAAGAAACUGUAUGGUCCUACAGACCCUCGAACCCGUGACGCGACGAUGGCUCUUGCAGGAAUCUGCUCUGGUCAUCCUCAGCGUAGAAGCGAGGCACUUCAGCUUUACGAACAAGCUCUCAAGACCAAUGACUGGGUUCCUUCUGCUGAGGCUUCGCGAUCGCUCCCUGACAUGACUCAGCCACUGCCUAUGGAUAUUAAGCAUCGCAUGGCCCAAUUAUUUAUGCUCCAGAAGGAUACAUCCCCGCAAGCCCGGGCCUUCUACACGGAAGAGCUUGCCUUGUCAAAGCAGCAGCAAGGGCUAUCUGCACCAACGACGCACCUGUGGCUUCGUGAGAUAGCACGACUGUAUGCCCUUCAGGAUAAUCCAGAGUCCCGCCGCCAGGGAGCCGAAUUACUUCAUGAGCAUGUCGACGAAGUCGUUCAUGUCACCGCCAAUCACGAUACACUGGUAGAACGGGCCCAUGGAUUGGCAGAAAUCUACCUUGAAUGCGGAUAUAUCGAUGAAGGUUGGGAGCUCAUAAACGAGCUGCACCAGCAGGUGAUCCAUGAUACACCGGCUUCUCACCGCCAGAAUCUGGAUGAGUACCGACCUGCUGCAUUCGUUGCGGCAUUCGAGGAAGUGUUUGGUCGCACACGUUCUUCGCGACAGAUCUUGGAUGAUUUGUCUCGCGAAGGGCGGGUAUACAGCGUCUUCCAACAGCAUCUGUCCAGCCAUGAUCUUAUGCCUACCUUGGCGGCAGGCGACAAGCUGCACCAGCUGCAAAUGGAGCAGAAGCGCAGCGCCGCGGCUCAAGACACCCAGGACAAGCUCUACGAAUACUUCUGCAACACGCUCUCGGUGGCGCAACCGCUGCGGAAGAAAGAUGCUGUGCACCAGUUUUACGUCAUGUGCCGUCGCGAGUCGCCCAACGAUGACUACAACAUCAAUAUUGUGACGCAGGCCACCGGGCUAGUGCGAGACCUGUGCAACCGGUCGCGCUUCCAGGAUGCAGCUGAUGUUACCGGCGUCUUCCACUCAUUUGUCCAUUUGACUGACGGACUACGAUUGCCGGAGAGCAUCUUUACGGCCAUCAAGCUUUGCCUGUAUCUUUGCGGCUACAAGGUGAACAAGUGCACCGAAGCCACGACCGCGAAGAAUAUGUCGUUCGAGUCGCAAAUGCUCCUGCAGGAGAUCAUGGCGAACGCGCGAGAUCUCCCGAUGGAAUACGCCGAGCUGCCCUUCUCGGAGCUCAAUGACUUGGUGACUGUCUUGGGCGAACACGAGAUGUUCGAAGACUUGGAGUCUAUCCUCACCGAUCUCUGGACCUCCCGCAUUGUGCAAAAGACUUGGUCUCUACCCGCUGUGGUCUGGAUUGGUCGUCGGCUUGUGGAAACCCGGUACUGUCGCGGCCAGGUCGGCGCUGCAACGGCACUCGGCAAGGAUAUCUGCUACAACCUGCGCCAGGUCUGGGGUAAUGCCGAUCCGGUGACGCUGGAAAUGAACAAGCUGCUGUCUGGCCUCUACACGGCCUCGGGCAACCAUCUCGCUGCUGCCGCACUGCACGAGACCGCCCUUGCGGAGCUCCUGAACAGCGAGACCAGCGACCACAAUGCGGCGGUCAACGCAGUGACCCAGCAUCUAGAGUUGCUGCAAUACGCCCAAGGACGCCUGGCCAAGGAGGGCCAGAGCGCGGCGAUCGACGCCACGGCUGCCCAGGAACGGGUGCAGGACAUUGCCACGAAGUUCGGCCUCUCCCCGACCAAGCUCGAAGCCGGCAAGACCGAUGAAUCGAUGGGCAUGUGGCAGCGCCCGCGCCGCUUCAGCCUGGACGUGGAGGAGCUUGAGACCCAUCAGAACCAUCUCCGCCAAUCCAGCGGCUCGGCCCUGCUGACGGGCAACGGAGGGGCAAAGCGCCUCUCCAUCACUGCCUUGUAA